GUUUUCGUAGUCUCUUCUCGCUCUGAUUUUAAGAAAAUCCCUUUUCCCUCAAACUUUUUUUGAAAUACGUCUUUUUCGAAAGUUUUAUAAAAUUGUGAACCAUUUAAACUAAUCUAGAUAAGGCAAAAGCUGCAAUAACGUGGUAAUAAUAUCGUGACCUUUUUUAUCAAGCAAUAUUACUCAACGAGUGGUGAGGAAAAAGUUUAGAGUGGAUUUUUAUUCAAGAAAUUCAGAAAUUGUGAUAAUUACUUACCCACCAAUUAAUUAAAGUGAAUUUAAAAUAUGGAGAUGAUGGAACUUGAAGACGGUGGUGCAAAUCGGGGGCGAAAGUUUUCCUCGGUUGUGGUUACCGGUAGUAAUAGUACCGAUGUGAAUGAAAACGAGAAGAUAUGCUCAUGGAAAAAGUUGACUUAUUCCGUCGUCAAGUGUUCCAGCUACAGCUCGUCGUAUUAUCCAGAGAACGUUCUCGAUGACAAGCCGAAAGAUCAAACUUCACGAUGGUCAUCUGAUUCGAAUACGCCUCCGCAGUACCUCCUCUUAAAGUUACAACGAGCUGCUAUCGUUCGGUCCAUUACGUUUGGAAAGUAUGAGAAGAAUCACGUCUGCAACUUGAAAAAGUUUCGAGUUGAUGGUGGACUUUCGGAGGAGAGUAUGGUCGAGUUGUUGGAGAGCGGAUUAAAAAAUGACAACAACCCGGAAACAUUUCCACUAAAGUAUGAAGUCAACAACCGCCCGUAUCCUUGCCGUUUCAUAAAAAUAAUCCCUCUCCAAUCGUGGGGCCCUUCGUUUAACUUUUCAAUUUGGUACGUCGGGCUCAACGGGAUUGACAAGUUAGCAACUGUACAACCCUCUGUGGAACAGUUCAUUGCGUAUCGUGAACGGGAAGCGAUUCGCGUUUGCCUGAAACAUCUCCGCGAUCAUAAUCACAUCGAAGCAUUUGAAUCUUUGCAAAAGAAGACGAAAAUCCAACUAGAACAUCCCCUCAUGACGCAUUUAUACAACACACUCGUCCUUUCUGGCGACUACGUUGGAGCGGAGAAUUUCAUCGACCAGUCUGUGCGAGACGGCCUCUUCCAGGAGUUUAUUUCUCUUCAGGAUUACAAACCCAUUUGGUUUCCUCUGGGAUUAGACUCUCCUGAUGUAAGUUGUAAUGACUCUCCCGUUUUAUCUCGACCUGGUAUGCGGGGCGGGCAUCAGAUGUGUGUCGACUCCUCGACAGGAAUAAUUUAUCUGUUUGGUGGGUGGGAUGGAAAUCAAGACUUAGCAGACUUUUGGGCGUAUAGUAUUUCAGAUGGGAGUUGGACUUUGCUUAGUGAAAAUACGGAGAAUGAGGGCGGCCCGAGCCCGAGGUCGUGUCACAAAUUGUUGCUUAAUCCUGUUCGUCGCCAAAUAUUUACCCUUGGGCGGUAUCUCGACGGACAGUGUCGGCCUCAUGAGAAUAUGGUUAAGAGCGAUUUUUACGUCUACGACAUCGAAACCAAUAAAUGGACUCUGAUAACUGAAGAUACAGCUUCGAUGGGUGGACCCGAGUUGCUGUUUGAUCAUCAACUCUGUAUCGACGACGAAAAGGAGAUCAUUUAUGUGUUUGGGGGCCGAAUCCAAUCCGAUAGGGGCAUUUUACUCGAAUCUCUCAACGCCAGUUUGAAUCACCAAGCCGCAAGGAUGGGCGUAGCCAUUGAUCGAAACGAAGAUAGAAACUACUUUCCUAUUAUGAAUCGUGAGAACAAUCCGCAGGACCGAAUGGCAGCGGCAGCGGACAACCUUCUUGCGCACAUGAGAAACGUUGGCGUGCAGAUAUUUGACGGGCAGAAUAUCAACAUUGACGCUCCUAUUCAACGAAGAGGUUUUCCUGGGGGCGACGCUCGGGCAAGGAUUCUACGUGACGAUCGCGAACCCCAAAUGAUGGACGUUCCCCGCGCCGUGGCGGGGGAAAUGGAGGCCAACAACGUUCCUCCCCCAGCUGCGCAUGGUGGUGUGGGUGGUGUCCCUGCUGGAGGGGGUAAUAAUCCAAGUUCAUUAUCAUCUGCCAACUCUGAACUUUUGUACUCUGGGAUGUACGCAUACCAUAUUCCGACCAAUACGUGGUCGUUGUUGAGAUGUGACGUUUCUACACCAAAACCGGGGGUUCAGUCAAUCCGAAGUAGGGUAGGACAUUCAAUGUUGUUCCAUCCUGGGUUGAGGAAACUAUAUAUAUUUGCAGGACAGAGGUCGAAAGAGUAUUUGAAAGAUUUUUUCUCAUAUAAUGUCGACAUGGACGAGCUUGAAAUAAUAUCGGAUGGUCAACGAAAAGGAGAGUGUAAUUGGCCUGGUGCAGGAUUCACACAAAGAGCGACGAUCGACCAAGAUUUGAAUGAGAUUUAUGUUUUUUCGGGGCUUUCAAGAGAUAAGGACAAAAGAGAUGAAAGCGUGCAAAAUUCGUUUUGGGUCUUUAACAUUAUAAGAAAAUCGUGGUCUUGCAUUUACCGAAAUGAUACCGGAGGAGAUAUGAAUUGGUUUAGUCAAACUGUGGAGCCGUGUCCGAGAUUUGCGCAUCAAUUGGUUUACGAUGACAAUGCAAAGUUGCAUUACUUAUUUGGCGGAAAUCCUGGGCGAACCAAGGAUCCAAAAUUACGGUUGGACGAUUUUUGGAGUUUAAAACUGAUCCGACCCACGGCAGACGAACUUUUAAAGAAAUGUAAACUGCUCCUGCGAAAUCAAAAGUUUGAAGAGUUGGCCUCCAAAGACUCGCUAAAUGCUCUCAUCUACCUGCAAACCUCCCUCUCUGAACUAAUCGAUCAUGAAGACAUAGAACAGACAAAUGAAUUUCAACGUCUCACCCUCCUGCUUUUCCCGAAGGACGAAUCCACGAGAAAACUGCCUUUCGAUGACUCUGAAGAAUUCCACUUCCUCCAUCGGACCAAGGAUGAAGAGCAAAUCUUUAAACGGAGCAAACUAUUUGACAGCCUUGUCCAGUACUUCCCCGUAUUCAUGACGCAGCCGAGAGUAAACCUUGUCAAUCUGCUUCCUAUUUAAAUUUAGAAAAAGACUUGCUGUACUAAUUCAUUACUGAUCUACUUAACAUUUUCAAUUUGAGCGUAAUUAUGUAUGCCAAAGGCCACUUUGAUUUUAGUUUUUAUGAUAAUACAUUCAAUUAUAUAAGGAGCACAUUUUUUUCGCUUGGCUGGUUGCAAACUAUAAUCACAAAUUUCUACCAAAGGUUUAACAUCACAACGCUGAUUAAGAUAAUUUAAAUAUGACUGAUUAGUGAUUACAUUAUUAAGAAUAAGUAAGACGACACGGGUAAACACCUGUCGUAAAGGCUAAAUAUCUGUUUAAUUAUUAUGAUCCAAUCACCUAUUAUAUAAUUAUAUAUAAGAGCAAGACUGAGCGUUAUUAUUUAUUAAGCUAUGUCACAUAUGGUUAUAUAAGAGGUUAUGAAACAGGAAACAUGAAACCAAUGUGUGCUAUUUAAUAACAGUAUCAAAAAGUAUGUCUAUCAGAAAUGGAAAGGAAAUGAUAUUCACAAUUUAAUAUGUAAACCAAGCCAAGAUGAGUCUCAUUACCCAAAAAUUGUAGUAAUUUUGGGCAAAAUAUAAUUUUAUUCCGAAACUAAGCUACUUAUUAUGAUUUGAUCAGAUGUGAUAAGAAAAUAGUUAAUUUAAUUUAUCCUAAUUUAAUGUAUUUACUAAUUAUAACGAAACAUUCUAUUAUAAAAUUAUAAAGUGAAAAUGGGUACAAAUUUGUCAUUAUCCUGUCUUAAUUUAUGUCCUGUAUUGAAAAAUAUCUUAAUUAAUCAUGCAUCGUGUGUGUGUUUAAACUUUUCAUGAAAUUCCUGUAUUAUUACAUUAUAACGAGAAAAUUUGAAGAAAAGACAAUUAAAUAACAGACUUGCAUUUAAAGGCGAGCACAAAAUGAUAAAUAGACUUGAAUAAAAUCAACGCGCAAUAAUACCAA